CACGUGUCAUAUACAAAGACAUGUGACUAAAAUCGUCCUAGAAAAUAACCCAUGUGAAGGAAGGCGGUAGUAAAUUUUACAAAUUUAAACUGCCUAAAACAGUGGAUUGAGUUUCGUUAUUUAAAAACGGGUGUUAGUGUGUGCCGACGUUUUGCAUAUUGUUAGUUAUGGGUUACAAGGCGAUGAUAUGGGUAGUGGCAGUAACUGCGGCUACUUUGGGUUAUCUGAACAUCCCUCCUCCCCCGUUGUCUGCAACGCUGAAAAACUGGCGAAAGAAAGGAAGUGUCCUGAAGUACAAGGAUUUCGAUAUCUUCUACAUUGUUGAAGAUGGCUUUAAGGAUGAUGGUUCAACAUUAUUGUGUAUCCAUGGUUUCCCAACAUCCAGUCACGACUAUUCCAAGGUCCUAAAUGGGCUUAAACAGCACUUUGAACAAAUCGUUCUGGUUGACAUGUUAGGUUUUGGAUUCUCGGAUAAGCCGAUGAAUUAUGACUACCUAAUUAAGGAGCAGGCAGAUAUCCAUGAGUCACUUCUGGUCUCGCUCAAUUUAAGCCACGCCCACGUGCUGUCACAUGAUUACGGGGACACUGUCGCACUCGAGUUGUUACACAGAUUCAACCACAAUGAAGCAAAAUUUCACAUCGACUCAUUAAGCAUGCUUAACGGAGGCGUUUUCCCAGAAACUAAUCAUCCAAUGGUUUCGCAGCAGUUGCUGUUGAUGCCAGUAAUCGGCCCUACGUUGGCACAUCUCAGCUUUUAUGCAGCGUUUAAGAGAAGCUUAGCAAGGACAUUUGGUCCAGAGUCGCAGCCGACAGAAGAAGAGAUGAAAGACUUCUAUGCGCUCGUUAGAAAUAAGAAUGGAAAUAUUGCAAAUGCAAGACUUAUACAUUACAUCACGCAAAGGGGUGAGAACAAAGACAGGUGGGUCGGUGCCCUACAGAAAACACAAGUACCAGUUCAGAUGAUAUAUGGCCCGGCAGAUCCAGUGAAUCCUCCUGCCUUCGUAGAUUAUUAUAAGAAAGUUGUCCCAAAUCCGCGAAUCCACGUGCUCGGCUCGCGGGUCGGCCAUUACCCACAGUGGGAGGACCCGGAUGGAGUGUUGAUAGCAUACCAAAGCUUCCUCCAAUUUGUGUCCAAGUAAACAGUUGAAUCCUAGUGAUCAAGGGAGUGCUAUGUAGACACAUAUGUCACAGAAAAGCAUCAACGAAGUACUGUGUAUUUACUGACACAUACACUGCCACAAAAAUUUGACAUACAUUGAUAUAAAAAAAUAUAUUUUUAUUUUAAGCCUCUGGAAGUUCAUACAGACCUGAUUGUGACUGAAAUUAAAAUGUUAAUCCUCGUUUUUUACAUACGGGAAACAUUACUUCUCUGACAAUUUUACUUCUUUCAGAACGUUAAGUCGACGAAUAUGAAAAUUACUCAGUUUGAUGUAACACUUAACUCUCCCCCUAUCCAACAGCAGAAGUAUUUAAGUUUCAGCCAUAUUUCUUUAGGUGUAACGUAUUAUAUGUGAAUUUCCAGUUCUAAAGUAAUGAUACUUGAGAUGCUUUCCAUUGGAAUUCACGCCACCUUUGAGCAGUUUUCCCUUUGCAAUGUAAAUUUGAUUCAGUUAUUUUACUAUGCAAUGUGAACAUGAGCAUAGGGUUUUUAUAUGCAUUGUAAAAAUGACCCAGUGCUUUCCCUUGCAAUGUUAAAUGAUACAGUAGUUUUCAUAUGCAAUUUAAUUUAUUAACAAUUUGUUUUCAUUUGCAAUGUAAAUAUAAUCCAGUGGUUGUCGUAUCCAAUGUAAACAUGUUCUAGUGGUUUUUCCAUGGAAUGUAAAAAUGGUCCAGUGGGUGUUUUCGGGUGAUUUUUUUUUUCAUUUCAUGCUUUAUGGUCAAAAAAAUAUACCACCUGAUUAUUCACAUUGAAUAUUUUAUCUGAACAAUAUUCAGUGUAUGUUUCAUUUGCAGAUGAAUGUGAGAAAUUAUUUUACCAAAUAUCAAUCUUUAAUAUAAAUAUCCAAAUUAUAUCAAACAUGUAAGGUCCCUAGUAAAAACAAUCAGUAUUGUCCACUUCUGUCAAAGUGAUGAAUUUAGGGAUGUUGAAAUUGCUAAUACUGUUUUCUUAAUUGGCAUAACAAAUACCUUAAGAUUUCUUUGAAUAAUUAGCCGGCCCCGUGUCGUACCAAUGUCAAUGAUGUUUUCAAACAAUCAGAUAUUUCAUUUGUUCUUCGAGCAAAAGUAAAGUUUGAUUCAGAAAACCAUAACAUGCGUGUUUGCAAAUACUUUGAUUUUAUGAAUGAUAAAAAUUGUUAUCGGAAAAAAAUUAAGGUAUGUAACAAUUUUAGUACCGUAUGUUUAUCUUCCAUUUUAAUAGUCUAGAGUCUUUUAAGCAAUGUCAAUAUGUUUGAAUACUGUUUUAACAAAUCUUCGUCUUUUUUAUCAAAUUAAAUAAAUGCAAAAAUUA